UAACCCUAAAAUAUUUUUACUUCCACAGUACGCAUAGUAUUGGCAAGAAUCACCUGAAAUGGGUUCGGAUCCUCGACUAAUAUAUGAAUAUCCCAACUAUGAAAAUACUAUAGCCUUUACUGAAUACCAGGCUUCGUCUCCAGAAAAGUUCUCUUUACCAGAUGAUGAUAAAUUUGUGCUUUAUGCCGCUGGGUCUAAUUACUCAUUCCUCAUUCUAGAUAAAGAUCCAAAUAUCCAGCUCUUCGUGCACCCAGAGAUAUCCUCCAUUCAAGAACUCCCGGUGGACUUGUUCGUUUUGAAUACUCUGUUUUUGGUUUGGUGUGAUCUGUUGAAUAAGGGGAUUGAAUUUCCUUACCAAGGCAUCUUAUUACACGCCUUACAAGAGCCUGAUAAACUUUACUUACAAGUAUCUACGAGUGAUUUAUUCCAAGUACAAACUCAAAAGGAAUCGGAGCUCGUUCCCACCAUUGAACUUGUAUUAAGUCCAAACUCGAAGAUGUCGAGACAACAGGAUUCUAAGCUUUUGAGUAAGGUGCCCGACUCAGUAGAGUCUGUUUAUCACGCUAUGUCUAAAUGUUCGGCGAUGCACUUUGAUUCUGAAAACGAAGACCAAACCGACAUGGCCAACACAGGCUUUGAUUUUGCCCAUUCGUCAUUGAACCCUGAAUUUAUGGAGGUUUCGGUUCCUAACAGUUGGGUCAAUGAAGAGCCACCAACGAUUCACAAUACUGGGGAUGCAGAUGACUUGGAGUGCUUGGAGGAAUCUCACGAAGAACCCGAAGAAGCUGGAAUGCAUGUAGAUAUUGGAUUUGCCUCAAUUGCAGGAGCCAUCAGAAGACGUGAACACGACGAAGAAGACAGUGGCCGGGCCCAAAGACUGAGACCCAACUAAUAGAACAUGCAUCUGAAGUAAAUGUAGUCUUCUCUAUUUAUAUGUACGAAUCAUAUAGAUAACGAAUAUAUAUAAAGUUCUGGGGAUUGGAGGAUGACGAGCUCAUAAUUAAUUUAUACCCUCAUAUUAACACUAAUUGAGAAACUAAAUCUGAGCAUUCCAUUCUUGUUCCUCAGCCUAACCGACAUACUCAAAUAAAACCCGAAUUCUUUCGCUAGUACACAUUCUCCUCUAAAUAUAAUGAGAACAGCAGAAGAGAGGCUUGAGUUCAAAAACCAUUUCUUCAAGCUUGGGCAAGGCAGGAUUAUUGAUUUGACAGACAAAGCAUACUGGAGUGUCUUCUGGGAAAAGCCAAAUGGUGCUAACGAUAUAUUCGAAUUACUAACCCCGUUCGAUAUCCAAUCUCUACGAGAUCAGAACCGUUCCAACUUCCUCCUGUUGAUCUACGUUCUUUGCCAGAAACUUAUAGCUUUCGUUGACCUCAAGAAACCACUACCUUCAAGCCAAGUAUUAAACUGUGUGAGGUUCUUAACCAAGUUAAUACCAUUUUUAUAUGAAUUGGAGGAGUACAAAACUCUCGAAUCCAAAUUCUUCUUGUCCUCCUGUUAUGAACCACUUAUAUUCGUGGACUCCACAUCACACCCUCCACAAAAAAUAGAUACUCUGAACAUUUUGGCUGAUAAGCUAUUAAAGAGUCUAAUUAGGCUUUUAUUCUUCAAGGGAUUCACCAUUACACCUUCAAGAGCAAACAAAGACGUGGAACCUACCGAAAUGAUAUCAUACUCGCUAUGGGAGCCUGGCAUCGGUGUUAACGCAAAGUAUCAAGCUCCUGACUUGAUAGUUGAAUCAAAUCGUUCUUCGGUAAUGAAGUUGAUUCUUACUCUAUGCGGAAACGCAAUCUACAGUUUCCCUUCCCAAGUGGUGGCCAAUGGGUCUUUGUUCUUGACAUUGUUAGUGAGUUCACUUCCACGGAUUGAGGUGUUGACAUUGGUAUGCUCAUUGAUAAAUGUGGUGUGCCGUUCUGUCAGGCCAUCUUCCAACGAGAACAUGCUCCAACUAAACGAGGCAAAUGUAAGAUUCACUAGGUUUCUGUAUGUGACACAUUGCAUUCAAUUUUUGACACUUAUGAUAGUGUAUCCACUCCCACCUAAACAAGAUCUAGAACCAUUGUCCCAGUUAAAUAUAUUGGCUCAUAAACCCUACAAUAUGGCUAGAUUAUAUUUUGGGAAGUUGCAUAAGGAUCAAGAACUCUUAUUUUUAACUUCAAGUUUGGUAAAUAGCUUGAAGAGCCCAAUUAUCGGUUCAGGUGAGUCUGAGUCCGUGUUCAAUCUCAAUCUCAGUCGUUUUGGUAAUUCCCCACCACUUUGGGUGAUGGAAACAAUGAUGCUUCUCUGGGAAUUAUUUCAAUGUAAUGCCAGCUUCAAAGAACUUUCAGGUCCCAAAUUCUACUCAGUAAUAUGCUUCAUGUUGGUGUUCUAUAUCAAACAAUAUGCCAACAACAAUCGGGAUCAAAACAUAGUACGAUUGGCGUCUUGUUUUUUGCUUUAUUUGUCUCAUCAGAAGCCAUUUGUGGAAGAUUUGCUUAUUCCUAGUCCUGAAUUCAUGAAUAGUCUUCCCCCAUCAAAUAGCUUCAAUCAAAGUCAGCUUUCAACUAGAGACUUUUUGGUUGUUCAACUAUGCGCCAUUCUUAGCAACUAUGCCCUUUCAAAACAAUCGCAUCCUUCAAACUCAUUACUUGCAACCACCUUGAUAGAAAUCCUAUACAAUUUAGUUCCUUUGAUAUCAUCAGAGCCAUACCCCGGUACCAAUGAUCCAACGAAAAAGCUCAAUAAUAUCAACCCUCGCAACGGCUUGUCCUAUUCAGCAUGUACAGCUUUGACUAACUUGAUUGUCAGGUUUUCCAAUCGAGACUUCCUUUUAAGAGCUUCCUUCAAUCCUGAUCUUUUGGCUCUUUUGAUCAGAAGUAUUUGUAUUGGAGCUUUAAGGGACACACAAGCAUCUCGAAUGUUACUAUUUUCUAUCCUCAAAGGUGAGAAGACUUAUGCUCAGGCCUGGUCAACCAUAUAUAGCUUCAAAAACGAAUACUUCAACGAAGAUGCUUUGAUGCUUAAAACUGUGCAAGACGACAACGAAGCUCAAUCUGAAAUCAAUGAAAAGGACGACCAUGAAUCCAUUAAUAGUUUGGCCACCACCCCAUCCAAUCGGUCUUUCACCAACCUCAACAUUCAGGAAGAUGAUGACCCCAAACUGCCACCCAUGAUGUCCCAACCUCAAUUCUCUUUCUAUGGGAACGAAACAAUGUCUGCUUCGAUUGAGGCAAAGGCUAUUGACAGGGCAUUGAGACCUAGUCUUCCAACGGGCAUGACAACAAAAGCCAGAGGUAAACAAAGAAAGGAGGCUAGCAUAAGCAAAACCUGGGCCGGCAAUGAUGCAUUGAGGAUCAUUAUCACGGUGAUUAUCCCACACUUGAAGCUCACUUUGAGUGAGGUUUGGGCGGUUGAUAACGCACCAGGUAUUGACGCCUUUACGUUGGUUCAACAUAUUGCUGAUGCCGAUUUUGCAAAAGUGAUUGAAGAAAACCUGAAACAAAUCAACUAUGACUUCCUUCCUACAUCUCCUUUAAUUCCAUUGAAAUUUUCUUGGAGUACAAUCUCCUUGGGCUGGUACUUGUCAUUGCUUUUCAGUGAUAUCUACAAUGGAAUUGACAGUGUUGAACAUGCUACUGGUGGAAACUACAAAAUUGUGAAAAACUUAGCCUCUACCGUUUUAUCGUUCGGUAAGUUCUUCCAAGGAGGAGAUACCACCAUGAACGCAAUUGUUGAAACCCCAGAAACAGUUGCAGAGGUGGAAAAGUCAAUAACUAAAGUCAAUCACUGGUCUCAAACAAAUAUAAGAUUAUUCAAGAUCAAAACAGAAGCAAGUUUAUUCGACAUCUUCAACUCUAAGUUAGGUGUCAUUCCAAAUCAGUCUAUGCCGGGGACUCCUUCUUUGGAUAGACCUUCUAAUUUGUCUAGGAGAUUGAGUGACUUAAGAUUGCAACAGAUAAGAAGUGCUACACCGGUUUCAGGCAUGAAUACUCCAACCCAAGAACCGGAGGCCUAUUUCCCAACCAGAGGAAACUCUGUGUCAUCCUUCCACUCGUUGAAUACCCUCAACCGUUCAAGGACAAACACUCCAAGAAACUCAAUCAGUAAUUAAGAUUGAUUCUUUUUACAUAUUAUUAAUCGUACAAAAUAUAUUUACGAGGUUAUGCACCCUACCGUCUUCUAUUUCCCUUUUUGGUUUGCACCAAAGUAAACCCAUCAUCGUCGACUACUGGACCGUUAUCGACUUCCAUCGAGUCGUCUAUGUGCUGGUCCUCAUGAUAAUGCUCAUGUUCUUCAUCAUCUUCUUCAUCACUGCUAGGAUUUUCUGGAUCAUCUUCAACCUUGACUUUUUGUGCCUGUCUAUUCUGUUGUCUAAUUUGCCAUCUUUCAUAGAGGAUAUCUAUAUCACUGAAAUCAUUCAAUUGUGCUUUUUGGUAGAAUUUGAUUAUCAUGUUGGCAAUCUCAAGAGCUGAAUCGUUAUCGACAUGAACAUCGAAUUCAUCUAACAUGGCGUAUAAUAAUGUUUCUUCAACUAAUUGAACAUCAACUAUCUUUUCCUCGAACAAAUCGAUAACAAUACCUGAUAUCCAAUCUCUCUUAUCUGCAGAGUUAGGCCCACCCCAGGAAUUGUCAACAGCGACGUUCAACUCUUCCCACUUGUGAACAGCCAUGGUGACACCUAGUUCAAAAUGUGAUUGCUGUCUUUCAUUCGGAAACUUAAGAGAACUUUGUCCAUCAAGGGCUUGAACAAACUCUGUUGGAUCUAUUCUGCUCAUAUUCUUUUGGUUGUAUGAACUUUUUUUUGGAUUCGCGAUGAGAAAGAGAUGCUCGCAGAAAGCGAUUUUGCAGCCGAAAUAAUGCAGGUUGAAUCCCUUUAUAUGUUUUUAACCUAUAAUAGUUUUACAAAAACCCAGACACUUGAUCAUCCCUUUUCAAAGUCGACAUCACUUCAUCCUGCGAUACAUUCAAUGAAACAAGGCGGUACCGCUCACUUUUAAUGUCCUGCGCAUUUAAGAUCCCAUUCUCUAUGAGUUCAAAAAUGAGAAACUUAAAGUUUUCGAUUCUAAUGCUGGUUUUUGCUUGAUCAUUUGUCAUUCUACCAUCUAGUAAUGCCUCAGCAACAUCGAUAUGCCCACUUAUAGUACCAGAAAGUCGGAGACUUUUUGAGCUGGCCAUUCUAAGUAAUAUUUUGAUCUCGUCAAUAAUAUCGCCCAAUGGAUUCUCAGCCAACCCGGAUCGUCUCUGUCUCAAAAGAAGAGCACAUAAAAUCAAUUUAGAUGCCAUUGACAAGCUUGCAACAUACUGCGCAAUGGGUGAAUUGGUUGACUCGUUGAUGGCUUUGGCGAUAUGAGGAAUCUUCACGUGGAAAACAUCUGAAGAGUGUUCAUCCCCAUUUGCCGAUGUUUGAUACUCCAAUUCGGCAAUCUCGACUGCUCUUCUACAGAUCUGUAAAGCUCUACGAGCAUCACCACUAACACUAGCAACUUUUCUGGAAGCAAAGUUUAUAGCAUCCAGCUCUAUUAUGACUUUUUGCUUGCUUUGACGUUGAAUCAUGCUCAAUCGGUGAUCUAUAAUACAUCCCAACUGCUCAAAAGUAUAACCAAUGAAUUGAAUUCUUCGCAUACCUAAUCUUGAUGAAAUUUUGUUUGUAAGGACUCUUUCUGGUAAGUCCAUAGUGUUGGCAACUGCAAGAACAAUUAACUUGGAGUUAGGAUAUGUGGGCCAGUUGAAAAAAUUGUACAUGACGUUUUGCUUUUUGGUAGCCAUCAGGUCGAGUUCAUCUACCAUUACGACAAUUGGUUUUUUGGACGGCGAGUCUUCCUUGAAGUAAGCAUCUAAAAACAAAGCAGCAUACGAAGGACUAACGUCCAAG